AUGAUAGCGGUGACCUCGCCUGAAAUCGGUCUCAGCACCAGCCACCCUCCUAGUAGUUAUGAUUCGUUUGCGCGCCUCACGGACGAGGAGAUGUACUGGCGGGACCACCAAGUAUUCCUUGAGGCCCAGGGAUACAUGUUGCGGCAUCGAUACCAACCAGAUUGGACGCCUUCCUGGAGAGGAAAACGUCCUCAGGAUGCUCUGAAGGCCGAAGACGCAUUCGCUCUCAAGCUCAGGACAAGUGUCAUAGACGCGACGCGUAUAUCAGAUGGAACUCUUGUUUAUAUUAAGAGGACUCGCACGGACUCGCAAGAGCUGCAAAUCGUUGCCUAUCUCAACUCAGACGAACUCCGGCAAGACCCUCGCAACCAUUGCAUCCCUCUGUUGGACGUGCUGCAAGAUCCCUCCGCUCCCGAUACCUCAUUCAUGGUCAUGCCAUUUCUAAGAUACAUUGACUCACCGCCCAUGGAACGGGUAGAAGACGUACUCGAUUGCUUCGACCAGGUUCUCGAGGGCCUUGUUUUCAUCCAUGAUCAUGGAGUGGCACACCGAGAUUGUGCAUACAAGAACGUCAUGAUGGAUGCGGCUGCCCUCUUUCCGCGAGGAUUUCACCCAGUCUUGCAGCUGUCGCUCCCAGACAUCUCCUCAGAUGCCCCCGUCCUUUCCCGCGCAGCUGUUCCCAUUAACUACUACUACAUCGACUUCGGCAUUUCGACGCGGUUUACGCCAGAUUCUCCUUCCAAGCUCGUCGUCGGCUCCUGGGGUCUCGACUGGGAGCCACCAGAACUAUCGGAGACCGUUCCCUAUGACCCCUUCAAGCUUGAUGUCUUCCUCAUCGGGAACCUCAUGCGUCGACAAUUCUGCGACAAGUACUUCAAUCUGACGAUGCUAGAGCCACUGAUGAACCAAAUGGUCGAUCAGGAUCCGGCGCGUCGACCUACUGCGGCGGAGGCUUAUCAGCAGUACACCGCCAUUCGCAGGAGCGUAUCGUCCAUAACCCGAUACUGGAGUUUGCAACCGCGUGACUCGUUUCUGCUGGGCAGAGCCUUUCGGCACACGUACUCUCUGUUUUACGCAAUCUAUCGCUCGAUAUUUUGA